GAAGCUUUCCUCUCCGCUCAGUCCAGUCUCCAGCGACGGGCCGACGGACGGACUGAGUGCGGCUAGCGUUAGGCUCCUCUGCCUUUGUUAGCUAGCUUGGAAAACACCAAGAAGAAGACAGAACCGCAUCCAUGCAAUAGCACACUUUUUUGGAAAAUGAUCAUCUGUACGAAUAAAAUGGAGUACCCCCUGAGAACCCAGUGCCAGCGAGUCCAGAAACAGGUAAUGGUGAACGGUGAACAGGAGCGAGUGUCGCUGCUGCUCAUGAAGGCUCUGGUCAGCAGGGGGAGCGUGGACGCCGUGUCCCAGCAGAUGGCCUCUCACCCUCAGUACUUGGAGAGCUUCCUGCGCACACAGCACUACAUCCUGCACAUGGACGGCCCCCUGCCGCUGCCAUACCGCCAUUACAUCGCCAUUAUGGCUGCAGCACGACAUCACUGCAACUACCUGGUGUACCUGCACUCAGCUCAGUUUCUGAGGGUGGGCGGGGACCCUCUGUGGUUGCAGGGUUUGGAGGCAGCACCCCCUCGCCUUCGCCUCCUCGACCACAUCAACAAGGUGCUGGCCCACCAACCCUGGCUCACUGCCUGCUCACACAUCCAGACGCUGCUGAAGUCGGGGGAGCAGUGCUGGUCGCUGGCUGAGCUGGUGCAGGCUGUGGUGAUCCUGGCCCACUGCCACGCCCUCUGCAGCUUUGUGUUUGGAUGCGACACAGACUCAGACUUUGUCCCUCUCUCCAAAUCUCCCAACGGUACCCCACCGACCUUCUGCCCCUUUGAUGCUGCCAACGGCAACACCAAUGUGCCUCAGUCUCUCGCCACUCCCUCUGAACUCAUAACACGACGACGGUCUCUGGACUCCAGCUGUGACGUGGUUUGUCUAAAGGAGAGGAUUCAGAAGUCGCAGGAGGAGCGAGAGAAGAGGGAAGAGCGCCUCCUGCAGACCCAGACACUCCAACAAAACGAUAUGGAAGAGGAGGAGGAGGUGAUAUGCUUCGCUGACCCGUCGCGUUUUAUCACAGACCCUGACUUUUGCUAUGAGGAGUUCGCUCGCAGGGAGGAGGACCACUUCCAAGUAUUUAGAGUUCAGGACUAUUCAUGGGAGGACCACGGCUUCUCCUUAGUUAACAGAUUGUAUUCGGACAUCGGGCACCUCCUGGACGACCGGUUCAGGAGCGUGACCACGCUGCCCUCGUUGCACAGCCCCGACCUGAAGAGGGCGAUCUGGAAUUACAUCCAUUGUGUGUUAGGAAUACGCUAUGAUGAUUAUGAUUACGGUGAAGUGAACCAGUUGCUGGAGCGGGAUUUGAAGUUGUAUAUCAAGGCUGUGGCCUGUUUUCCCGACGCCACCAAAACUCCAGUGUGUCCGCUGAGCUGGGCUCUACUUAAAACUUCAGAAAGGAUACAUGUGAAUUUACUAAUCAUGGAGGCCCGGCUGCAGGCAGAGAUGCUCUACGCCCUGAGAGCCAUCACCCAGUACAUGAUCGCCUAAGUGCUCGGAGAGGCACAAAGUCAAAACUCUUCGCCGGUACAGAGAGACUCAGAGACACGAGGAUAAAGACGCAGUGAAGUGGGACGAGAGCGGCACUUUUUCAAGGACACAGAGACACAAUGUUUUGUAGCUGUGCCUCAUGAAUGUGCUUCUCUUUUUCUCAGAGUUAAUGUAUUUAUACCAUAGUGUGCCACAGCCCCUCCCCCCUCCCUCCCCUCUCCUCACCCUCCCUCCCCUCUCCUCACCCUCCCUCCCCUCUCCUCACCCCUUUCUGCAGAUUCUCUUAUUGUGAAGUCCUCUUAUCAAACAUCUCGGCUCUCAAAGGUUAUGUGCAAUUAUUACUAGCGUUGUUUUAAUUUUUACCUGUUGUUACGUGUUCCAGCUCCGUCUGUGAGAAACUGCUUGGUUGUAGCUGCGUGUUACAGUGGCCAAUACUUUUCAGUUCGAUCAGUCUCCUUUUAUAUUAACUAUGCUUUCCCAAAAAAAAAUAUCUUUUUGUACUAGUUGAAUGAAUGUUAAUGGGAGACCAGGGCCUUUUUUUUUUUUUGGACAAUCCUUGUCAGUGUUUGAGGAGGCCAUUAAGUGGACUGUGAAGGACAACCGUUUUGCUCUCCCUGACAUUUCGUAUUAAUGCUGGUCAAGAACAAACACAACAGUGACACUGCUGGAAGUCAUCACAUCACUAUAGUUUCUUUUAAUAAGCACUUUUUAAAACUUUAUAUAUUUAUAAUGCAAGGUAGCUCGUUAGUAGACAUUGAGACGCACAGCUUUGUGGGUCUGACGCCUUUUCUUGUCAUUGUACGACAUGUAAGGAACAUUUUUAGACUGUUUGUCCUCAGACUUUCAGACUUUGCUUUUGUGCCCCAGCUCUCUGAGUGAAGUUUCCUCUUAAUCCAGGAAUUACUGGAAGGAUUUUGAAGGUAGUGAUGUUUUUGCAAAACACACAAUUUACACCUGAUGAGAGAAUUUGUAACUAAACUGAAGUGGUCAGUGAGCUGUUUCCUACAGUGAAGAUUAAGCUGAGCCAUCUGCAGGUUUGAUUGUUUUGUUUUUUUGUACUGACAUGCUUCAGAAAUGAUCAGAGACUUAAUGUCAGACCAAAGGUCAAUUAAAAAAGAUUGAAUUGGACAGACAGAAGUGUACAGAGGUAGGUCUGUGCCGGUCAUGAGUUCAGAUUUUGGCUCAAAGCUUUGUGCUAAAGCUUUUUUUGUGAGCUGUAUCAAGGCUGAUUAUCAAGUCAAACCACAGUACAGUUUGCAGAGCAGAACAAUGUGCAAACUAGUUGUUAAAACACUUGUAUCUUUUUCUGUCUUUUUUUUUUUUUUUACAGGUUUUUUGUAAACUAUAGAGUACGUUUUGUUUUUGUUUUGUUUCUGGGUGUGAUGGUAGGACCUGCUUGUUGUGCUGCAGCCUGGGUAGACGUAGAGGUGUGACAGACUGUUUAGAUUUAGACUUUAGAUUUAGAAAAGAAACAGAAGUGCAUAUCGACAAAAGCAAAAGCGCUGUUAACACAGGUGCCUUCAGGCUAAAACUGGAGUGCUGCUGAAGUGGAGGGAUGUGACUACUGGAGGCUGAAUGUGGGCUUUGGUUGCAGCUGGGAAACAUCUCCACCUGACAAGUGUAAAAACUUGCAAUGUUUCCCGCAUGAAUGGGAACUGUUUGUUUUUCUCAUGUUGGUUAUGAACGCCAUUUCUGGUAAAUCUUACGGCUGUGAACGCCCAUUGUUUUCUAUUGGACACCUUCUACAAGCCCCAGCAACUCAGCGAGAGCCUUUGACACAGAUGGAUGUUAAAAAUGUUCAACUUUAGCAGAUUAAAAAAAUGGACAACUGUCUAAAAAUAAAACAACCUAAAAAAAAAAAAGAGAGAGAACAAGCGAAAAGACAAAAAAAUGUUUUUUGGAAAAUGUGAAGAAAUGUUUUCUAUAAAGAUGCUCUAUGAAAAUAA